AAGGCCUGAGGCGAUGUGAGCUGGAACGCUUGUCCGUUAUAUCGUCUGAACGUUAAAUUUCCUAACUUUUCUCCUUCGUUAUCCACGUUAUUCUUUCCACGGAAGUCUUUAAUGACUUAUGUCUAGAAUAACAGUGAGAACUGGCGUAUGAACAUAACUAUAAAAAUAACUAGCUAACACAGUUAACGUUUGGUAUUUUCUCACCUACCGUCUGAAGAGGGCCUUCAAAUCGUUUCUGUGCGAACUGAAGUGAUAAACACCUCGCUCGGCAUGAGCAUGUUUAGAGGCAAAACAGCAUGGUUCUCCGGCAGUGUUGGAAUGGGGGUGACCAGCGUCUGGGCUUCUGAAGGGGGAGCUCUUUCCUCCUGGAAAACAGCAGAUUACCUCUUCAGUGCUGAUGCCUCUUCUGAAGACACUAAAAGGAUAUAUGAAAGUGAGGAUUAUGUGAAGAGCAGGGCAACGGUUUUCCACAGCAAUUUCGUGUCAACAUGUAAACCCCGCCAGAGUGUAAAAUCUGUGCCUAUAGGCCACUAUGUGCUGCCCCCCGACUCUAUCCAGAAUGAAAUGAGAGUGCUAAUCGGAAGGUUCAUUUGGGAAACAGAUGAACAGGUGAUGAGUGAAGAACAGAUAAAUACUGAAGAGUCUGAAGACAGUCUAUCUGAUGAGACUGAAGAUCAACCAGUGAGAGAGAAGAACAGCCAGGAUGAUUACGAGACUGUUGCAUCACCGAACAAAGUGUGUUCAUGUUGUGAGAUGCGGCAAUAUCCUGUAAACAACAUGAUCUCAGGAUAUGUUCAUACUGACCAAAUGAAGAAGUAUUCAGGGGAACUUUAUGAUUUUCUUCCCUCCCUCCAUGGCCAUAACGUUUCAAGAUCUAAUGACGUGACACCCCCUCAUUGUCACAAAGAAAUGUAAUAUAAUAUGCUUCACAUAAGAAGUGGAUUGUCUUUGUUUUAUGCGUUUCUUUGGCAAAAGUAUUUAAUGCAAAUGGAUGCUCAUUUUCAUUUCCUACUCAUCUCAUAUAAAUCUUCAGCACUUCAGACUUUCCCCAACAAUAUAAAAUCCAAUCCCUGUAUGUGAACAGAGGUGAUAUGACAGGUUACAGAGAAUAACAAUGGUAAUAUCAUUAAA